AGAAGAAGAGCAUACAGAAAACAAUCAUCCUCUCCAUACUGAUGAGUUUUGUUGUGUCAGGAGCAAAGUUGUGCUAUCCAAGAUGAACACUUCAGUUUGAGCAGUGCUCAGUUUCCUCCAGCCCAAGCCACGUUUUCAUUGCUCUCACUCACUUGCGCUGAGCACACAGAACAGCCCUGUGUGAGCAAAGGGGACUUCCGAGCUGCCACCUCUAGGAAUCUUUUCAAUUCCACUGCUCCUAAUACUUCAUUGCAAGGAGAGAGAGCAGUCCAACCCCCUCUGACGCCAGACUAAGCAAACUGAUGCCUUGAAGUGUACCUGUCCUCUAAUCGUCCCACCCAUUCUGCUCUGCACACCUCCAUUUGAUUGGCAGGCAUCUCUAUUGGAAUGGUAGAUAAUAUUCUGGAUGAGGACCCAACAUCUCAUUAGAUUCUAAGAGCAUAAAAAUUGAAGAAAGGCACACUGACAGAGAAAGUGAAAUAUAAGGACAAAGAACUUCCUUUGUGUCUCGGCAGUGGAGAAAACUCCUUGAUAUCCCUCUCAUCAGAUAAGAGUGCCAUCUGCAUCAUGGGGAGAGUGUAGGAAAGCAAACUGGAAAAUGGGAGGCUGAGAAGAGGACCUCUGUAAAACAGAUCUAAGGAAAGUAGUUUAUAAAAUAUUUCUGACAACUCUUUCCGAAUGUUAUAUUCUUCUUGUUAACUCUGUGUAAUUCUUCUGCCAUUUAACCUUGCUUAGAAAAGAAGAAAAUGAGCUACCAAGAGCAGGGAGAAAAAACCUCUUCUUAGCUAUAAGUUGUAUUUACUAUGAAAAUCAGAAUAAAUACAACUCUCAAUGUGGUGAAAAGACACUGAAAAAUUAAUAGACUGUAUACAGGACAAUAAAAUUAUUGAGAUUCUCCAUAAUGUUCUUCCACAGUGUUAUAUUACAGACAAUUUCUAAUCCACAUUGAAGUCUAACAUUGGCAAAUAAAAAGAUCUCAUGCAGUAGAUGAAGGAAUUGGAAGAACAAAGGGAGCUCCUGUGCCAAGAGACUGUGUAUUUUUGUCCUUAAAUAAUGAAUUGAAAAUAAAAGCGAUGUCAUGUAAGAGCUUUUAUUACAGAAGAUUCUUCUUGUUAUCAUGUAAGGGCAAUUACACUGAGCUGAGUAUUUGUGACAACUUCCAGUUGCUGGGAAGCAAGGAAAAGAGCACAAGUGCUCAUCUGGCUGAGUUAUGAAGUAGAAUCUUACUCAUUAUUCAUAUUAUUCAUUAUUGGCCAGUCAAAGUAACUCUGUUGUACUCCAUCUUCCUUGCUUCUGGAUACUGAAAAAGCAGAAUCACCCUCCUUUCACUCUUCAUGAUACGGUAAAGAUUCCAUCACCAUAAUUGCCCAACCAGACCAAAGUCGUGAGCAAGAAAUUCCUCAAACAUGUUGAGUGUCUUCUACAUAUGUGACUGCACAAGCCCCAGUUAUUGUGUCUGUACAAAGUGACGGACACCUGGAGCAGAACUAGCUCACAGCCCUGGAGCUGGCAAGGCAUCAUAUCUGUCCCACACAUUUUUUCAAAUCCAGAGGUCAUUGAGAAGAGAUAAAUAUGACCUGGUAUAUAGUACAGAGGAAUCCAGCGGACAGAUUUCUUCUGUUUGCAGAGAACUUCCAUGAGUGUCAAAGAAGGUGGUUCAUAGUAGGGGCUGAACUGGUACCUAGGUGCUGUGGGUAUGCCUGUGUUCAGCCUCUGGCUAUUACAAGGUUUAAAUGUCAUUAUUUUACACUUUGAGUAGCAAACAUCAGCUAUGUUAUAACUUCUGGUUCUUGAUUGCAGUUAGGGCUGAGAUGCUAUGACACCACGCAACAGAAAAAGGCAAUGUAAGAACGAAAGAGGCUUGGAUGGAAAAUAGAACCUGCUUUCAAGAACAGGCAGAGAUUUUCUGAAUCUAGUGCAACCCUGUUCGUGUUUUUGUCUAAGCUUUGGAAACAGCUUCAGCUAGUGAAGAUGCGUCAAGGAACUGUGACAUGCCAUACUAUGCUGGGCCACUUCUGUGGCACAGUGAGAAAUGGUGAAUAUGGAGGAGCAGCGUGAGAAUACACAGGAGGAUGUGGUCUGCCUCCCCUUGAAGUGACUCCACGUAUCUGCUUGCAGACCAGCUCCUCAGCUUCUAUUGUGCAUUACUACACUGAGUGCUGCAAACCACUGUACCAGCCAUCAGGUGCUCGUGCUUCAGCUCCUGCAGCGGAGAAGAGGCUCUAUUGUCACGCUGUGUAACCAAAGGAGCCAGCCCUGCAAACCUCCGGUUGUAGUAACACGAGUGUCUUCUUCAGCAGCGAGGCUGUUUAAAGAACUUCCUACUCCAUGUCACCACCAUUCUCUUGUGGCUCUGCAUCACAGUGUAUUGAUCUUUCAGGAGCCUGUAUAACAGCUGCUGGUAUCACUGAAGCAAUCCAAGUUAAAAAUCCUUCUAGCAGACAGCUUGAGAGUUUGCUUGUUCAUUUUACUUUGUUUUAAUUAUAAUUAUGUUACUAUCAGCUCUGCUUUCUCCAUAGCACAACUGGCAGGUUUACAACCAGUAAUGCAUUGCUAGAAGACAGAAACUCCUACUGGCUCUGCUGCAGAUCAAAACCAUGGAUCGCCUACGCAACAAGUAUCUCCUAGCACACAGGGCUGAGGGGGCCACUGUGUAUCACUGAGCAGCAGUAUUCCAGGAACACUAAUUGGCUGCAGGUGCAAAUUGAAUUAAGCCCUUUCACCGUGGCUGAAAUAUAGUUUCUGACAGAAUCAUUUUAAGGAAGAGAAUUUAGGAAAGUCUUAACUCAGCAGCCUGGUCUACAUUUAAAACUUGCAGGUCAGCACCUUUAGCGAAGCCUGGAAAAACUAUUGUGUGAUCAGUCAUUGCACUGAAGCAGCAGCACCCGUUUGGUAGUCUUGGACAAAAAGCUGAAUGCUGUGGUUUCACUAACUUAUCAUUGAAACCUUGCGGUUCUGUGUAGGAGGUUGCACAAGCUGGACACAUCUGACAUCCUUGUUUCUGAGCGAUGAAAUCUGUACAUCGGAUUUAUGAAAAUUAUCUCUGUUUUCUGCUAAGUUCAGUGAAAUAAUGCAGUUCCUUGACAAGUGAAAUGUGCUAAUGUUGAUGCAAAGGGCAUCACAGCAGGUAUGCAUAACUGGAAUUGGAGGGAGGAGAAAAUACAUUUCUUGGCUUGUCCAAGCUGUGUAGCUUCAGAAGAAAUACAUCCACAUCUGCAUUGCCAAACUGGAACUGGGACCCACCAUGGACUCUUAUCUUCCUCACUUCUGCCUUCUGCUCUGAAGCCUGAGCUGAUAAUCAUUACAACUGCAACUGCAAACUUAUCAUGUGACCCCAGAUUCUUUGAGCUGUUUCCCUGAACCGACUUGUGGGAAGCUGAGAGAAAAAUGAGGAUCUGCUGAAGGUGCUAUUUGAAAUCAGUGGAUGCAAAUAACCUUUUUUCCUCCAUAAUCAUUGCAAUCAUGGAAAGUGUAGAUAACCAAGGAAAUACUGUCUUUCUGAGCAUCCAAAAUUUACCUAGAGCAUGCAGAGUUGCAUUUCAGAAAUAGCAUUGGUGCUCAGUGAAGUUUCCCUCCAGCCUGAGAUCUUCAGCACAAGUGCUUCCUACACACAGGAGCAUGGCAGAGCUUUCCCCUCAGGGAUCUCACCAGGCCUGGCACUGCACAAGCCCUUGGUGCACUCCAGUCUGUUCCUCUCCAGGUUCCCAGCAGCUGGCUUGUAGUAGUGUAGACAUCACAACAGCAUGAGAAGAGCAGCCCAGAUCCACCACUGGUUAAAUAACCCUUGGGUACCUAGUUGGAGAGCUGACCAGUGAUUUCAGGUUUUCUUCAAAAUUAUUCCGAAAAAGAUUGAGAAUUAACCAAGUAUAGUUGCUGGGAAGUGGCCCAUGCUCCACUGGAGCCCCAUGGCGGCCCCCACAGCGUGUUCCCUGCCAGCCCCCAGCUCUGCAGGUCAGUGUGGCAUUGGUCACUCCAGGAGGAGGGGCAGAAAUUGUGCAUUUUCUGGAUUCCCAACAUAGAUUGCCUGGAGUCCUGAUGCAAAGAUGCUGCACACUGGCCAUGGCUUUCAGGGCUGUGAAUUCAAGAAGACAUAUUGGACUCCAGCAGCUCUCAUCCUUGGCGUGGGCUGGACGAACAUUAUUGGGACCAAUGAAAUCCUGUAAAUUUGUUGUGGAUGAAAGCACCAGCGAAAGCACGUUGAUUUGUUCUGCUGUUAGACUGUUGGAAAGUUUGGAUUUAACAAGUGCUGCUGGACAGCUUCUUAAUGAAACCAUUCAGGCCCAAAACAAGGAAUUUAGAACUGGGAUGAGUACCCUGUUGUUUCUCGUUGGUGCAUGGAGCAACGCCAUACUGGAAUGCCUCCAGCAGAACGUUCCUGUGUCAGCAAUAGUAUCUGUGAUGUCUGAGGGCUUGGACUAUUGCUGUGAGAAAGUCCAGUGUCUUCAAAUAUCAGUACAUGAUGUAAACAAAGAGCUGUGUUCUAGCAGCGUUAGGCCAGGCACUUCUGAAAGUAAAGCUUCUCAAAUUCCAUAUGACAGUGCUCUAAAUCCUCAGAUGUUUCUAUGUUUUCAGAAAGAUAUUUCUGCAUCAGAAGAACUUGUUCCAAGGAACUCUUGUUUCCCUCAGGAAGCUGAUUGUAAUUUUAAUAAGGGCCUGGUUUGGCCUUUGGCCAGUUUUGGUUCAGUAGCUUCUCUUGUCAGGUCAGUGGAUGACAAAAGUACAUCUGUGAUUUCUGGAAGUGGUAUCUUUGCAUCCAGCUGUAAACAAAAAUUAACUCACAGCAGGUACUUCAGCACUGUAACACAAAGCCAUGUUUCUAGUCACCAAGGUGAUUCUCAGGUAUGCCUUUCAGGACAGUCAGCAUAUACUUGUGACUGUUACGGUUUAGGACACCUGGCAAUGGCUCUGAGCCAUGGAAAUCAGCCUAGCAUGAAACUGCUUCAAAGCAUUGUUGCGUAUCAGCACGAGAGAGCAGAAUGUAGUGGCUCUUCCCAGUUUAGUAUUGCAGAAAUUACAACAUGCUGUUUACCAGGUCUGCCUGAAAGUUACUCCUGUGUUUGCCCAGGUUUUAUCACUCCAGUGUCACCAGAACAAGCCACAGUUAUCAAAUACUUUCAGGACAAAUCCCUUUGGAUUCUGCUAAUGGAUGGUGACCUAACUGAACACUAUCGUCACUUAGGUUUCGCUAAACCACGGAAUGUAAAGACCAUAUUGGAGUAUCCUGGCCUACGGGAAAGUGGAUCAGGAGACUCGUGGCUAAGCAAUAUGUUAGAUAUUCUAAUAAGCUUGGAAGUAAACUUGGUUUUGGUCAAAGGAAAUGUGUGUGAAAAAUUAAUGGAAAGAUGCAUCGCAAACAAUAUAUUGAUAAUUAGUUCUGUGACUCAGAAUGUGUUGAGUGCCUUUGGGGAGGUAACCGGUGCCCAGCCCAUGACAUACCUCACUCAGCUGAAUGCUUCUUGCCUGGGGAGUGGGGUAUGGGUGGAGCUGUGGAAGGGCUGUGAUGAGCGUGCAAUGGAACUGGGUCAGCUUGUGCCAGUCAGGAUAAGCGUGCAAAGAAUUCCUCUGCUCACGGCUGUGCUUACCACCACUGUAGCUUCAAAGAUGCAGAUCACUGAAGACCAGUUUUGGGGCUUUGUGUAUCGACUUCAUCAUGCUUUAAAGGAUGGGAAGGUUUUUCUUGGCGGUGGUGCGGUUGAGUUCUUAUGUCUUAGCCACAGUCAGAUGCUUGCAGAGCAGUCUCUAAAGCUAGCAGAUAAAAAUGCUGUGAAGGAGUUUCAUAGUCCUCAGCUGGCAGCAUCUUCAUCAGAGUAUAAAGCAGUUGUGCUUCAAGCACUAGCCACUGGCUGGAACCAGUAUCUUUCCGUGGUCAUGUGUAACACUGCAAAAGCAGCAUCUGAGUUUGAAGCUCAUACCUUAAUUGAUCAUCACCUCCAAAAAGCAGCUAAAUGUGGCUCUCCCUCAGCAUAUGUACUGAAAGAGUUCAGAGGAGGUGAUAUGUUCAGAGGUUGUUCUACUGCGUUCAUUGACCAUGAAGAGGGUGUAAAGGUUUAUGAUAAUGUUACAGCCAAGAUGGAGGCAUGGCGGAGAGCUCUGGACUUGGUGCUGCUAGUGCUUCAAACAGAUGCUGAAAUUAUCAUAGGUCCCAGAAGGAAUCAGCUAUUAAAUUCAUCAAGUGAGUUCAUGUUUUUGUAGGACUUGUAAGCAGGAAUCUCCAUGUGAAACUGUAACAAGGUAAAUCUCAUUUCCCACUUCUAGAAACUGGAGUUAAAUAAAGCAAAAAUCACUCGUGGGCUAAUCUCUAACCCCAGCCAUGUGUUCCUAACUAAUGAUAUUGUCUGUAUGGAUAAGCUAAUCCAGUCCAGCUGACUUUUCUGGCCUUAUUUAGCAGAGCAGAUGUGCAAUUCUUUUUUUUUUCAUUGUAAAGAGGAGCACUGUGAAGUCAAGUUGGAGGAAUGUUAGAUUCCUUGUAUAAACUUAUAUUCUGAACAUGUGCUGUCUGUAUGAGGUAUUUGCACUCAUAUACAGUAAAGUACUUCAUAUCUUUUAAAGAAGGGGCUUUCUAACAUAACGUUGGCUCACUUAUCUGUGUUAGACCUAAGAGUUACUUAAGAUUGUAAUUCAUAAUCAUCAUUCAUGAUUUUCAAUAUCUUGCUCUUAAUUUCUGUGCAUUCCAAGUUAAGCUCACAAUACCUUAUGACUGUUGCGUCUCAGACUAAAAGAUUGUAUUGCUUGAUCGUGUUCUUGCAUAACUGUAUGGGCAAUAUGUUUUCUAUUCUGAAAUAUAUCCCUUUCGAAAUUUC